AAUAAUGGGCCUGCCAGAUGCUUGUUCUGUCUGGGUGAAGAGCGCGCCAGCCAGAGGCAGCAUCUGUAAAUCAUUUGCCAGGAGAGCCCAGGGAGUCUCGGGCAAAUCCCUUUUGGCCAAACCUUUCAAAUCACAGGGAAGGUUUCUGGGCUACCCGGAGUGGAAGCAUCUGUGAGCUGCGGCAUCCUGUGGUCCUGGGGUGAAAGAUGCGUCCCACACAUGGGAGAUCUUCUUCUGAAAGGCAUGAAAUCCUUGUCAGGCAAAGGCUAAGCCUCGCUGUCCGCUGGGAUUUAUGGAGGUGCUGAAGAGCAGCUCUGAGCCCCGCAGCCCCCACCAGCUCGCCCCAUAAAGCAGCGCCCGGCCGCCUCCCCUCGUCUCCCCCAGCAUCCCGACCCUCCGACUCAACCAUUCAAGGCUCCCGUGCAUGGAUCGCCCCAGCGAGGCGCCGCUGCCGGACGCCGCCGACGCCGCCCCGUAGGCUCCCGGCCCCCCGUGCCACCCCCAAGUACUCCACAUACCCCGAUGGGGUAACGUGACGGGGGUCACCCUCCCGCCACCUUCAACACCCCCCAUAUGCAGAGGCCUUUCUAGAGCGCCCGGGAGCGUGCGGCAGCCGCUCGCCGUCGCACACGCACCGAGGACGCCGACACUACAGCAAAGGGAUUCUUGGUUUUGGUUUGGUUUUGGUUUUGGUUUUUAAUUAUUAUUAUUAUUAUCAUUAAUAUUAUUUUUUGCCCGUCUGGCUUUUCCCCCCCUCCCACCCUGGGGAGCUUGUGGUGGUGUUGAGGAAGCCGGCGCGCUCCCAAGAGCUGGGAUUAUUUGCACAACGUCUGUAUAUUGAGUUCUCGAUCCUGUUUUGGGGUUAUUUUUGAAGUGCAGAGGGGUUAUUGGGGCUUUUUUGUUCCCCCCCCACCCUCCACGCCACGCUUUCUCUUGGGUUUUUUGCCCCCACCACCAUCAGCAUCACCUCACCCUCCUCCUGUCCCACCAUGGCUCGGAUGAACCGCCCUGCGCCGGUGGAGGUCUGCUACAAAAACAUGAGGUUCCUCAUCACACAUAACCCCACUAAUGCCACGCUCAACACCUUCUUGGAGGACCUGAAGAAAUACGGUGCCACCACGGUUGUGCGAGUGUGCGAAGUGACCUAUGACAAGACCCCCCUGGAGAAGGACGGCAUCACUGUCAUGGAUUGGCCAUUUGACGAUGGAGCGCCUCCUCCCACCAAGAUAGUGGAAGAUUGGCUCAACUUGUUGAAGACCAAGUUCUGCGAAGACCCCGGCUGCUGCGUGGCUGUGCACUGCGUGGCCGGCCUGGGGCGCGCUCCUGUCCUCGUCGCACUGGCCUUGAUUGAGAGCGGGAUGAAAUAUGAAGAUGCCAUCCAGUUCAUCCGACAGAAGCGCAGAGGAGCCAUCAACAGCAAGCAGCUGACGUACUUGGAAAAAUACCGACCAAAGCAGAGACUCCGAUUUAAGGACCCUCAUAACCACAAGAACAAAUGCUGCAUCAUGUAACCUCAACGACCUCUUGCCAAAACCCGUGCACACAGACACCCGGGCGCUCACACACAUCCCACCCCUUCACCUUCCUCGCCCAGCCCUGUGCAUCCACACACGCUGCCCCACUGCCAGGGCUGGGGUAGGGGGGACGUGGAGCACCACCAACAUGUUCCAGCACCCACAGCACUGUCAUCUUGGACCCCUGAAAAGGGCUGCUCUCUCCAGCUACAGCCCCAAGGAGGGAAGGCAGCACUGCCCUUUGAUUCUUGGCAUUAGCAGUGAGCUCGUGAUGGUUCUUCAUCGCCUUCCUCCUCCUCCCUUUCCCCUCCUGUUGCACUGAGAGGGAUGCGCCCAUCCCAGGGUGUUCGGUUUAGGGUGAUGCAGGCAGGAUGGUGCCAGCUGAGAAGGGAUGGGGAGCAGUAGGGCUGGAGCACCCCCAGAAAAACCCUUUCCCACCUCUUCCCUAUAAAUAAGGGCUGCAGCAGCAGGGACAGAGGUGGGGAUGGUGCAAUGGCCUCGGGGAAGAUGGUGAUAGGAGGGAGAGGUAAAAGGGUCUUAGAGCUUGGUGUUGGCCUUGUGGCCAUGGGAAGGGCUGAGCUAAGUCCUCCUGGCACCAUUCCCUUUCUCCUGGCUCCUCUACCACUCGGCAUCUCCCCAUUACCUUGAUGCCAGCCAGGAUGCUGCACAUGGUGCUUGCUGCAUGAGGUGACCAUGGCAGGGCUUUAAGGCACCCACUUUGCCAGGGUGCAGGCUCAGCACUGAUGCCCUGCAAAGUUUGGGUGCUCUUACUUACAGCUUCCAAAUUCAAUGCGCAGAGUGGUGGGUUCUCUUCUGUCGUGUCCCCACCACUGAGCCCUGGCGCAAGCCCUGAUUCUGCCUGCAAUACCCAUGGGGAUGUGCCUCUUGGAGCACAUCCAUGUCCUCCACCCCUGUGUUUGCUGGCCAAGGGGCUGUGCUGCAGCUUCCCUGGGGGAUUUUGGGUGCUCCUGGCAAGAGCACAUCACCAAACUUCGCUCCUGCCUUUCCCACAUCCGUAACACAGCAUCUGGCACCCCAAAACCCCCCGGCACAUGCCCUGGGGGGGUGUUUUGGAGCUGCCCCUCAGCCCAGACAUUAAACAUCUCUUCCACUCUCUGCCUUUGAACGCUUGCAGCAGCUGGAGCGAUGGGCACGUAGGGGCAGGGGGUGGGUUUUCUUUUGGUGAGAAUAAGAAGAAAUUUGCUAAUUAAAGGUAAAAAAACCUGAAGAAAAUAACAUGUUUGUCUUCCACACGUCCUCUGGCCUUUCUUUCUCCCAUCUGAGAUCCAUGGCACUGGGUCACAAUUGGGUACCAUCCACUGUCAUACCUGUGGCCCAAUGGAUGCUCUGGGUGUCCCUUGGGCUCGCUGCUGCUCACCCCUCAGCUGUAGAGGAUCGCAGUUUUAGGGGACAAGGAGGGCUAGACACCCAGUGUCUUGUGGUUUUAGGCUGCCCAACUUGAGGUGCCUUCAGUGCCCUGUGUUGGGUAUCUCCAAAGGUUCGUGUGCCUUCCAAAACAUAGACUGUCCAGAGACAUUGGCUUCAGAGGGUUCAUCUAUUGGGAUAAAGGGUGAGGAAGGCUGGUUAGACACCUACAGUACCUGCAGAAGGGUAGGGGGUGGCUUCGUGCCACCACACGUAGGCAAAGGAGGAGCUUGGAGCCAUUCCCAGUGUGACUCCUUCUCUCCCAGUGGGAACAAGCCCUGUUGCCCAGCAGGGAUAGCCAUCCGAUGGGAUGAGCUGUGAUGCUGAGUGAGGUGGGACCAUAAUGCAUGGCCCCAGGGUUGCCAUAUUGCACAUUUUGGCCUGUCCAAGCCUCCAUACUGUGGGACAGUCCUUGGUCCCUUGAGCUUCUCCUGUCCCAUUCCAGGCUGUUGAUUCCUAUGUCUCAUGGGGAAGGCAGCAAUGGUCGAAGGGUCUGUGCUGGUUGGGAAGGGUGAUAGAUUGUGCUGAUAAAAGCCUGAUCCUGUAUUACAACAGUCCUGUUGGGUGGUCACCAUCCCUUCCUGCCUGGUGUGUCCUGCUGCUACAAUAGGUGCUGCUUUGUCCCCAGGGGUAAUAGGAGAUGGCUUGUCAUUGCAAUGGGGACAGCCCCAAUCCCUCUUAUCUAGGAGACUUCACAAUCCCAUGUGCUUCCUGGUCACCACAGGCUGUGCCAUGACUUGCAAAGAGUGAGGAUAAGCCUUGGGAACAGUUGCUUUGAAGUCUUGGAGAUGUUUCUGCACUGGUAAGAGAAGAAAUGUUUUCCUUGCCCAUGCUUAUGGGUCCAUCACAUGGCAGAUUGGCCAGGGCGAAUGGUCCAGGGCUUCAGCCAUGAUGCUUUUGAGUGGGGGUCAGGAUACGGACAGAAGGGCUUGAAUUCAGCCUCCUUUGGCCAUGGGAACUUUUCACCUCCUUCACGCAGGGUUUGAUGGUGGAAGUGCUCAGUGCUGAGCUCUGAUAAUACACUCAAAUCUCAGCUUUGGUGGCCUUGUCUGGGGGGAGCACAGAGGGGACAGGAGGCUUUGCACUGCUCCUUUGCUUUAUGUAGCAUCAACCCAACCACCUCAAGAAUAGGGAGCUUCUAGUGUAAGAGCAGUUCUUGACCUAGUGCGAUCCAUGUGGCCAAAUCCUGACCACCCCUGGCUGGCAGAGCAGCAUCUUCAUCCUCUUCUGAGUCACUGCAAAAAAAAAAAAAAGAGAGAAAAUAAUGCUGGUUGAAUUGUCCUCAUUUUUCUCUUCUUUUAAUGGGCAUCUACCCCCUUUCCUGGAACUUGCUGUCACCUAGAUGGUAUUAGCUCCUAGAUGUUUCAGCCUAGAGAGAGGGAUACAGAAACAACAGGCUGGGGAAAUUGAGUGGUCUUCCAAUCAGAUUUUUGGUUAGAAAUCUCAACGAAGAGCUGAGUCCCCUCACUAAAAUAGUUGGGUUAGAGGGAAAGUUGGAGCUCAGUAGACACACAGCACCAGAGCAAGGCCUAAGUGGCCAGUGGCUCAUGGUUUGGGCUGGCUUUGGGGUCUCCUUGUACUCUAAUCCCUGUUUCACCUCAGAUGCCAAGAUAUUGAAAGGAGAGCCUUAAAAAUCUGACUUAUUUGCCAAUUCUGUUAAUGGCUCCAGUUGUGUACAUUGGGUCUUGGCACAUGUCAUUGGAGACACAUACCCCAUGGCUUUGACUACCACCUUAUCCUGCCUUUCUCUGCAGAAGCAAAGGCACAAAUUGGGUAUUAUAUAUAUCUGCCUUCCUCACCCGCUCCAUGGAAAGCCUCCAUCUUUCCAUAGUUUGCAGGGACAGGGCUCCAAACUGAUAGCAGGAGAUCUGGAGACCUAAGGGGUGGCAAAGAAGAGAUUCCCAGUUCAACAAGCCAAGAGCUUGUAGACUUUGUCCAGGAAUCAAUCAUGGCUGAACCUCAUGUGGAGGAAUAAAUCUGAGCAGGAAUUGAUAGUUGUGUGUGUCAUUAUCUGCAUUUCAGUUAAGAGGCUCAUGUGUCCCUUCUGUUCUCCCUGUUUGCCAGUGGGAUGGAGCGGGUGUUGGGAGCAGUGGUGGGAAGGAAGGCAACACAAAUGGCCAGCUCUUUAUUUAACCAAGGUCUGGUGAUGCUUAUUCAAAGGCUUCACAUCUGUAAGUUCAUAGAAUGAGUCUUGCAAUGGGGCUGACACCGCGGUGCUUGGGCUGAGAGGUUCGGGUGAGGAGGCUUUAUGAGUAACACAUUUCCCAAGGAAGCAGAGUCUUGCUCUAUCUACAACAGAAUGAGUUGGGGUUGAUUUAAUUUUUGCCCUGGGUUGGUUUGGUUUUUAUUAGUCCCAGUGGGAAAAGUUCCCAGGGAGAUCCGUGACUUCCAUGCAGUUUCCAGCCUCUUCUAUCUCCUUUGCUUCCAGCAGGCUGGGAAGGUACAGUUUGCCGAUGGAUUUCAGUGGGAUGCUGUCUGCUGGGAGGAAAAUGCUGCUGGUUUCUUUGUGCAGCGGGGGGGGGUCAUGGGCUGGCUGUGGUCCUGCAGACAUUCCUGGGAAUGGGGGGCAUUCCGACGAUGAUCUCCCAGUGAACUCUCCACUUCCCUGCUGUGUCUUUCUGUGCAACAAAGAGCUGCAUAUUUUCCUUUCUAACUCCAUGGGCAAUCCUAGUAGUAUGUAGAUUAAGCCCAGAUGACUUAUUUUUGAGGGGGGGGGGGAUUGUUUCUUCUGGUCUGAGCCAUAGCUAAGUUAUUAUACCCAAUGCUUUUUGUAUCGGAUGGCAUCACUUUGAAUAUGCAGAUGAGGUAUAGGAUCUUGACACUUUAUAACCUUUUUAAAAAAGAAACUUGUCUGUUUACUUACAUCUUGUGUAAAAAAAAAGGAGAAAAAACAACCCUGUAUGCCUUUUAGUAAUCACUUUUUGUUGUUGUUGUUAUGAAAUGAUGGUGGUUACACUCCAGCAGCAAAAUAAACAGCGUUCACUGUUUUGUA